AUGCAUUGCUCCCAAAUCGUUCUUGUGGCAGUAUUCUUCCUGGGCGCCACCCUGGUGCGCGGCUUUGACGAGAAGGAAGCCAUGGCCAAGAUGAUGGAGGCGGCAGAGGGCUGUAUGAAGGAGGUCGGUGCCGUGGAUGCCGACCUACAGGACCUGGUCAAAAAGCAGCCCGCCUCCACUUAUGCCGGCAAGUGCCUGCGAGCCUGCGUCAUGAAGAGCUUUGGGCUGAUUGACGCCAACGGCAAACUGGAUACGGAGGCCGGUCACGAGAAGGCCAAGCAGUACACGGGCAACGAUCCGGCCAAGCUAAAGCUGGCCCUGGAGAUUGGCGACACUUGUGCCGCCAUCAGUGUGCCGAAUGACCACUGUGAGGCCGCCGAAACCUACGGCGCUUGCUUCAAGGCCGAGGCCACCAAACACGGACUUAUGUAGACCCUCCGCAACCCCCCGACUUAGACAAGCAGUGACUCUUCCCCGAAAACGAAAACGCAAAAAUAUGUACCUUUAAGUUCGAUCCAUCGAGGUCAAGUAAAAUAAACUCAUUCCUAAAA